ACUAAUGAUUUCAGCUUCUUGUUAGCUUUGAAAUUUAAUUCUGUUAUUCUCAUCGUGUAUCGCAUAGAUUCGUUGCGCAGAAAGGGCUGAAAUCAGUAUAUCUUAAAUCAGUAUAUCUUAUCGGAAAUGAUAAAGAUAGCGAAAGAAAUAGAAUCUCUGUUAUACUAAAAAGAAGCGAAGAAAAAAGGGUCAUAAAAUAGCUUCUUCAUAUUUUAGGAUCUAAAUGCUGUCGAAAUUUUAUAACAAACGUUUAAAGGACAAAAUCGAAACGAAACAAAGAGAGAAAAUGUGUUUUUCCUGGAACUAAAACAGGUAAACAUUUCGAGAUUUUAGAGAAUUCGUAUUGGCAGCAUAAUACAAAAAAGCAGACGGUUUUCUAUCAGAAUAUGUAGUAUUCGACAUGAACUACGAUUCCUGAGUAGACAAAUGGAAAAAGAGUUUCUUGCUGGAUGAGAAAGAAUGAAAUUACCUGCUAAUUAAAAAGUUUAUUAUUAUUAUUAUUCUUUACCUUUUCCUCUUUGCAUUGCAGAACUUAUCUGGCAUAAAAUCAAAUGAUUGUUCAUUCGGAAUUCAUUAUGAUUGUUAGAUUAGGAAGAAUCAGUUUUGAAAUAUUCGAUUGUCAUAAGAGGCUUUCAGUGUUAAGUGUAGUACUUUAUUUUGCGCAACGAAUGUAUUCUUGUGUUAACAAACCCAGUUAGAUUUAAAAAACAGGAUAAUGAAAAAGAAGAAAAAAAAUGACCCUGGUAACCGAGAGAGUUACUCACGCAAAGCGUAGGAGUCGUAGACAAUUAUUAUUUCACUCCGGUUCUGAACAUAAUGUAUCCGUUGACAGGCUUGUUGAUGGUGUCAAACACAAUACUCAGGUUUCAAGAUCGAGGAGUUUAUAUUACAGGUUUUUCACCACUGCAGGGUUUUUCAGAAUGCACAAGAGCACUAGAACUGGACUUAUAGCAAUUGCUAUUUUGGUAUGUGUUAUUGUUGUUAUUUUACUUCUGAAUUUGGAUAGCAUAAAAUCUAGUCAUGAUGCUUUAUGUGUUAAACUGGAUGGAGGCAAAACUUGUCAUUCCAUGGAUACAAACCCUUAUCGUUAUUAUGGAACAAAAACAGCAUAUCACGUAGCAUUGGGGGAUAUUUUGAAUUAUCAAUUUGAUGUUGGAGAGUGCAAACCUAAAACAUUUUACCUGCUGAGCAGACAUGCAACUAGGUAUCCAGACAAAGAUAAUAUUGUGGAGAUCAACAAUAUUCUGCCAGCUUUGAGAGAUCGUAUUAUUAACUCAUCAUUGUCUGGUAAAGUUGAAAUAUGUGCUGAAGAUUUAGAAAAGUUAAAGAACUGGACCAGUGAAAUGGAGCCUGAAAAUGAUAAUAAAAUCACAGAUACAGGAGAGGAAGAAGCUGAAGAAUUAGCACAGCGUUUGAAAAGACGAUUUCUUGCAGUAUUAAAUGAAACUUAUUCACCUGAGAAAUUUAUCAUUGAGUACACUAGUAGAGAAAGAACUAGAAGUACUGCUGAAGCUUUUGCUAAAGGAUUAUUCAAUGAAGAUUAUAAAAAUAUUGACUUUGAUGGAAAAACAAAUGACCAAGUUCUACAGUUUCACAAAGACUGUAAAAAAUUACAGAAAAGUUGCAAGGAUGCAUCGUAUGAUAUUUCUGAAAUAGAAAAAUUUGAAAAUGGAUCAAUGAUGCAAAAAGUAAUUGAUAGUGUAUCAAAAAGAGUUGGCUUUAAUGUUUGUAAAGAAGAUAUCAAAGUCAUGUACAGAGCUUGUGUUUUCGGAUAUGCCUUGAAUAUUAGUGACAUCUGGUGUGCUUUAUUCUCAACUGAUGAAUUAAAAAUCUUGGAAUAUGGUGAUGACUUAGAUGACUAUUAUAAAGAUGCCUAUGGAAAUGAAAUCAACCAUCAACAAGCUUGCCCUGCUGUGGAAUAUGUAGUGAAUUUAUUGAAGACUUCAGAAAAUUCAACUAGCAGUAAGGCUGUUCUUCAUUUUACUCAUGCUGGUGGAAUUAAGAAAGUUUAUUCUGCAUUUGGCUUAUUUCAUGAUGAAAAGCCUUUGACAGCUAGUGGAUACUGUACUCAGAGCAACAGAAAAUGGCAGUCUAGCAGAAUUGCUCCUUUUAACACUAAUAUUGUAUUUAUUCUCUACCAGUGUACAAAUGACCUCAAAGUAGCUGCAUUUCAUAAUGAAAGAAUGGUGAAACUUGGAGGAUGUUCAAAUAAACUAUGUCCUUUGCAUGAUUUCUAUAAACACUAUGAACCUAUUGCAGAGAACUGUGAUAUUAACAAAAUAUGUUGCACCUGUUGCAAGUAUUGAUGCUGUAUUUUAAAAGAUUCUAAUCAUGGACAUCAAGCGCACACAAAUAUAAAUUUUAAGUUUAAAAAAUGCAAUAUUAUCUAUUUCUUUGUUAAUAUGUUUAGAUACAUUAUCAUUGAAAAUCAUGUAUAUGAUAUUCAGCCAAACCUCUUUAAGCUGUUAUUUAGACAACAUGGCUCUACAUCACUUUUUUCGAAAUCUCAAAAUAUCUCACCUCAUUCAAGUGAGGGAGAUCUCUUUAUAAUUUCAUUUUUUGGGCAUGUACUUGUAAUUGCUUUCCUUUAUAAUAAUGACAUCUGCUUUCUAAACUUGACACAUUUCAGUAAGGUAUCAGACAGUACAAGAGCUAUAAUUGUCAUAAUCCCUACCUUCUCAGACUAAUACAACUCUAUAAAAUUGACUUUUGACAAUCAAAAUAUAAUAUCAAAUAUUUUCAAAAUAUUUUUUGAAAUGUUACCUGUUUGUAGAAUUUCUUAGAGUUAAAUCCUCUCCCUUACUUUAACUGAUGUGUUGCUACAAAUCAGCUCAUUUAAAAAUAGGCUUGCUACUGCAAACUUUAGUAUGAUUUAGAAGAUUUUUAUUUCUACUUGUUUAAAUGAUGAAUUUGACAAGGAGCUUCAUGCUUUAUCUAAUUCCAUAUACAUCUUUUUCUGUUUAAAUUUGGGAACAUUUAGAAAGGUCAUGUCUGUGAAAAUAUAAUAAGAUGGACAUUAAAUGAACACGAAGAGACAAAUGCUUUUAAAAAUUCACUGUUAGCAAAAGCUUUUUCAUGUGAUUUAAUAAAAAUCAGAAAUAGUCUUAUUCAUGAAAAUCUUUUAAAUCUAAUCCAUGUAACAAAAGCCAAAUCACAUGCGCUUUAAAAAAUAAAAUGAAAGUGAUGUGAGUAAAAGUAACAUUUCUUUUUUUCUCUAGACUAAACUUUUUAAUGUAAAAUCUUGAAUAUCAAUUCUUUGAGAAAAUCUCAGUUAAAAUUUUUUAAAUGUGCUUUUGAACACUGUGUGUAAAAUGGCUUAUUUUAAUCAAUGGCUUAUUCCAAAAGUGAUAUACUUUUGAGGUUUGGCUGCAUAUAUUAUUAUAUGUACACAUGUAUAUUAGUUAUAUUGCUUAUAAAUAUGUUAUGUCUGAAUUUAAAAUGAAACUAAUGUAUGUCCUUUUUUAAACCAGUGAAAUAAAGAAGAGUAUAAUAA